AUGAAAAAUACGUCUUUCAUUCUUCAUUCUUCUACACUUCUAGUUCUAAAAUUGAGAGGAACACAGGAUAAGAGUCAAAUGAAGUCCGUGAAGACUGUACAUCAGGUUUUAGAAUCUCAAUUGGGUACCCCGCUCGAAUUGCUAGUCACCAUACCUCAGGACCCAACGGCAAAGAAGAUUCCGAUUACAAUCGUCCUAGGGAUACAAUCCAAGAGCAGCCAUUUGUCGACAUUAUGCUGCUACCACUACUGCAUACCGAAUCGUAAUGGUAACGAAAUAUUUGGAACAGCCUUACUAGACACCAACAACGAUUGGAUCCUGGAUGUGACUAGACAAGCCGCCACAGCCGUAUCAAAAAAAUUCCAUCGCCCCUGUUACGUCGCAUGGUCGGCCCCACAGGACCAUCAGUACAACUCGGUCGAACAGACAUACGUAGUCAAGCAGUGUUUAGAUUACAUCAAAAACCUAUAA